GAGGAGGAGGAGGAGGAGGGAGGGGAGGAAAAGUGCCUUCUCUCUGCCCAAACAGGCGUGCCCCACCUUCCUUCCUUCCCUCCCAGCCCAAAAGGAGAAAGAGAAGGAGAAAGUCUGGGGGAAGAAGUAGAAGAAGAAGAAGGGAAGGAGUCCACUGAGGGAAGAAGAGGCCUCCCUGCUGCCAGAAAGAGGAAAGGAUGCUGCUCUGGCUUCCAGGCUCUGCUGGGAUGGGGUCCCUGCCAUCUGCCCUCCAUCUCCUCCUUUGCUGCCUCUGGGCAACUUCAUGGGCCUCAGCCGGGCCCACAUACCUGCUGGCAGCUCCAGAGAUCAUCAGGCCUGGAGCAAAUCUGACCAUUGGAGUUGCGUUGCUGAAGGCAAGCCCACCACGCCUUACAAUAAAAGCAGAAGUGCUUUUUGCAAAUAAUUCAGUGCUACAUGGAGAAGGUGUCUUUCUAAGAGAUUCCCUUGGGACGCUUGUUCUUCCAGCGCUUCCCUUUGAUAGUACUCCUGGUCCUUACGACUUACUCGUCAAGGGAUAUUCAGAAGGACAGCUCUUGUUUUCUAAUCGCACGACCCUUUCCUUUGAACAUAAGAGCUUCUCAGUCUUCCUGCAGACGGAUAAAUCUGUGUACAAACCAGGGCAAGAUGUCAAAAUACGGAUUGUUACUCUGUACCCUGACCUUAAGCCAUUCAACACACCUGUAAAUAUAUAUAUUCGGGAUCCUCGACGCAAUUUGAUUCAGCAGUGGAUGACACAGAAUGGAAAGUUGGGCAAGAUAGCCAAACAAUUUAAGCUCUCCAAACAUCCUGUUUUGGGUGACUGGAGUCUACAUGUUGAAGUAAAUGGUCAAGUACAUCAUCAAAUAUUUACUGUCAUGGAAUAUGUGUUACCAAAGUUUGAGGUCUUUUUAACAACACCUCUGCAUUAUUCUCCAAAAGCUACAAAUUUCAAUGGUACUAUCACAGCAAAGUAUACAUAUGGAAAGCCGGUGAAAGGGGAAUUAACUCUUCUUUGCUCCUCAAUAUUCUAUGGAAAGAAGAGAAAUAUUACUAAAAUACUGGAGUUUAAUGGCUCUGUGAACUUUACACUUGACAAUCUAGAAAUGAAGAACUUAACAUAUGCAGAUUGGGAUCCACACGUGUAUCACCAGAUGCCCAUAGAAAUUACAGCUGUGGUUACAGAGUUACUUACAGGAAUCAGCCAAAAUGCAAGUGCUACUGCCUUUCCAAAACAUCAUGAUUAUUCAGUAGAAUUUUUUGAGUAUCCAAGAGUUCUCAAGCCUUCUCUGACUUUCAUGGCUAUGCUGAAAGUAACAAGAUUUGACAACAAGCCUCUUACUCACGAUGAAAGAAAGAAUAAUGUAAUGAUCACUGUUGAACCUUCAAAAAGAGGUGAAUUUUUCAGAAGUGCUUACUACAUGUACGAUGAUGGCAAUGAGUCACAGACAAAUGAGGCAGCUCAGAACCUGAGUUAUCCUGUUCCAGAAGAUGGGGUCAUUCAAAUUGAAUUUCCAGUUCAGUCAAACACAACAAGAUUGAAUAUAAAGGCCAAAUUCCUGGAUAGCCAAACAUCUAUAGUCAUACAUGAUAUAUUCUAUUCCACCAGCAUGACUUACCUUCUGAUUAAAAAAGCAAAUCAAGAUGUAAAGGCUGGGGCACCUUUGGAGCUGAAUAUUCAGAGCAACAAACCCUUGAGAGAGAUCAGCUACAUGGUGGUGUCUAAAGAACAAAUUGUGAGUACAAGUAAGAAGAAAUCCACAACAUUUACUUUAACACCAGAAAAUUCUUGGGCUCCUUCAGCAUGCAUAAUUGCCUACUAUGUGAAUGAUAAUGGGGAAGUAAUAAAUGAUGCUCUCAGAGUCCCUGUUCAGCCAGACUUCAAAAACCAGAUUAACAUGCAGUGGAAUAGAAAUAAAGCUAAACCUUCUGAGAAUGUCAGCCUGAAAAUUAGUGUGACUGAACCCAAAACAACAGUUGGACUUCUAGUUGUUGACAAAAGUACAAAGCUGCUGGGGAAGAGAAGUGAUAUCACAGAGGAUGCUGUACUCCAUGAACUAAGUUUAUAUAAUACACCACUACAUUAUGGAGAAGCCAGAAAUUCCUACAGUGUCUUUCAGAAAUGCAACCUCUGGGUAUUGACUGAUGCCAACCUUGCAGAAUACGAUGACUAUGAUUCCUAUGGCUAUGGUUUAGAUUAUGCUGUUUAUGAUGAUUAUCACCAUCACCUGGAUAACACAGCAAUGCCUGCUGAUUUUAGUAGUCCCUAUGUAAGGACAGAUUUUCCAGAGACAUGGAUUUGGCGUGAAAUCACAACAAGAUCUACUGAAACAACUGUGAAUGUCACCGUUCCUGAUACCAUUACUUCCUGGGUAGCCAGUGCAUUUAUAAUAUCUGAAAACCUUGGACUGGGUGUUAUUAAAAUGCCUAUUGAGUUAGAGGUCUUCCAGCCGUUUUUUGUUUCCUUAAACCUCCCUCCUAGUGUUACAAGAGGAGAGCAGUUUAUAUUGGAAGUAAACAUAUUCAAUUAUUUGAAAGAAAGCACUGAGGUUACAGUAACUCUUGAUACAAGUGACACCUUUGAAAUUCUUAUAAUUUCUAAUGAUAUAAAUGCCAUGGGAAACCAACGGUCAGUGUGGGUACCAAGUGAAGAUGGGAAGACUGUUAUUUUUCCAAUCAAACCAAAGCAAAUUGGAGAGAUUCCCUUCAGGGUGACAGCAAUAUCACCCGUUGCUUCUGAUGCUCUUCUCCAGAAAGUAUUAGUGAAGGCUGAGGGACUAGAACAGUUUCAUUCACAGGCACUACUUUUGGACUUGUCAAAAAGAAGUAGUCUCACAGAAAAUCUGAAUUUCACUUUCCCCUCUAAUGUUGUACCUGGCAGUGAACGAGUACAAGUCACUAUUAUCGGUGACAUCCUGGGUCCUUCUAUCAAUGGUCUAGAGUCCCUGAUCAAAAUGCCUUAUGGAUGUGGAGAACAAAACAUGAUCAAUUUUGCACCAAAUAUUUAUAUCUUGGACUAUCUGACUAAAACAGGUGACCUCCAGUCCACUCUGAAAUCAAAAGCUGUGUCCUAUAUGAGAGAAGGCUACCAAAGAGAGCUUCUUUACCAAAGGGAUGAUGGUUCAUUCAGUGCUUUCGGCAGCAGCGACCACUCUGGAAGUACAUGGUUAUCAGCUUUCGUAUUACGAAGUUUCAUUCAAGCUCAGUUUUUCAUAGAUAUUGAUCCAUUUAUAUUGGAAAAAACUGCGGCUUGGAUUGUCAGUCAUCAGAAACAGAGUGGCGAAUUUCAGGAGCCUGGAAGAGUGCUACAUACUGAACUGCAAGGAGGCAUCAACAGCUCUCUCUCACUUACAGCUUACAUCAUGGCUGCCUUAUUAGAGUACCAAACAGAUAAGUAUGAUAAUAAUAUAAGAAAAGCUUUGAACUUUCUGGAAUUUAAAUUAAGCGAAGGCAUAUCUGAUAAUCAUACUCUAGCCCUUGUGACAUAUGCUGUAUCGCUAGCAAAGAGUACAGAUGCAAAGAGAGCUCUGGAUAUACUGAACGGGAGAUCAGAACAACAAGGAGACCUCAGAUUUUGGAUCUCACCAGCUUCUGAACUGUCUGAUUCCUGGCAGCCACGUUCUAUAGAUAUUGAGGCUGCAGGCUAUGCUCUAUUAUCUCAUGCUAAGCAACAAAGACUGUUAGAGGGGAUCCCUAUUAUGAAAUGGCUAAGCCAGCAAAGAAACCACCUGGGAGGUUAUUCUUCUACACAGGACACUGUGGUGGCUUUACAGGCUUUGAGUGCCUGUGCAAUGUUGACUACUGGCAUUGAAACAGAAAUGGAUGUAACAGUCACACCAUCCAGUGAAGAAAUUCCAGUUACAUACAAAAUCAAUAAAGAAAACCGCUUUGUUCUCAAGACCAAAGAGAUUGCAGCUACACAGCCAGUGGGAGUUACAGUUUCUGCAAAUGGCCGUGGCUUUGGAAUAUUUCAGCUCAAUAUUAUGUAUAAUGUGGAAAACUUACAUACCAGCCGGAGGCGUAGAUCAGCACACGAUCAAGAAGCCUUUGAUUUGGAUGUCAGUGUGAAGGAUGACAAAAAAGAUAUCAAUCGUUUAACACUGAAUGUCUGCACUAGGUAUUUGGGCACUGCCUCAUCUUCAAGGAGUGGUAUGGCUCUUAUAGAGAUUGGAUUGUUGAGUGGUUUUUCUCUGUCACCCAGUUUCAUGUCAGUAGAUGAUCCAGUUAAGAAGGUGGAGAAAGAUGGAGGCAAAGUUCAUUUAUAUUUGGACUCUUUAAAUGAAACACAGUUUUGUGUAGAUAUUCCUGCUGUGAGAGACUUCAAAGUAGCAAAUACUCAAGAUGCCUCUGUAACUGUGGUGGAUUAUUACGAACCCAGGAGAAGAGCAGUGAGAAGCUAUAACUCUGAAGUGAUGCAGACUUUAUCAUCUUGUUCCUUCUGUGAAAAAGAUGAAUGCAAUCUUUGUGAAACAGAUGGCUCAUCCUUGAUUUUCCUCUCUUAUGAACUGUUAGUUGUACAUAUAAGCUUGCUAUACUGUUGGCUCAUCUGAUCACGUGGGCAGUCUAUCCACAUUGCAUUCUAGGUGUUCUCCAUAAAGGUAACUUGCAAACUUGAAUGUGGUGCAUAGGACAAUUUGAGAAUAUGCUCAGUAAGGUUCAGAGGUUGAGAACUCUUUGCAAGAAUUUGCAUCUUAAAAUAAAUACAUACUUUUCUGUAGAAGGGUGAGAUUCUGCUGUAGGACAUCAGAAAGGAAAGUUCCAGUCAGUGGAAUUUCUUUCAGGGAUUAACUGCAAAAUCCUGUGCAUGUUUACUCUGAAGGAGAACCCCUUGAAUUCAGUGGGGCAUACUCCUAGGUAAGUGGGUAUAUCACCGUUGUCUAAGCUUCUGUGUCCUGUGACAGAAGAAAGAUCCAAACUGUAAAAUUCUGGCUAUGUCAGAAACAUAAACAUUUUUUUAAAAAAAAUAAGCAUUUCUGCAUUUAAAAGGUCAGAUUUAUUUGGAAGAAAACUAUAUAUUUUAAUGAAGUUCUUUAUUUGGGUAUUAUAAGUACAGACUGUUUUCUAAAUAGAAUAUUUUAGUUAUCAAAAUGAUGAAUAAAAAGGUUUACCUAAGCCAUACAUUCAAUUUCAUUUGUGUUGCCUUUUAGGUUGAAUUAACAUUUAAUCUACAUAUAUUAUUGAUUUCAUUGGUACAAGAUCAAACCCCAUUUCAGAUGGGCUUAAUGUAAUAAGUCUUUUUCAGUCAGGUUAAAAUUUGUUAUCACUGUCAAUUAUCUUCUUAGUUAUAUUCUGCAGAAAAAAAGACCCUUAUAUGAACAUGCUUAUAUAAUAGAUGGAAUGGGAAAGGUAUAGUAACAACAUGAAAAAAGGAAACUGGCUGCUUACAAGCAACUAACCAUUAUUGACACUCAGGCA